CAUCGCAGGCGAGGUAGAAGUCAUUACAUCACUGCUCAUUCAUCACAACAUCUGCAACCCCCCCCACCUCCCACACCAGCCGCCCCUCUGUGCGCGAACCUCUUACCCUGCCAUCCACAAGCAAAGCCAGCACAGCAACCAUUAAUUUCUCCAACUUUCUUCCACCUCUCUCUGUCUGUCUGUGUUCUAUUAUAACACUGCUCACCCGCAAUUGUGUCCACCGCUACUAUCACCACCACCACCAUUCACCACUACAACCCCACCAUCAUCCAGCACCCACACACUAAACCUCGCUUCACCCCAAAGCCCCUGUUCCUCUCUCUCUCUCUCCACCCCCCGCGCUCUCCUAUCCCUCUCCCCACCAUCUCUCCCUCCCUCCCUCCCUCUCCCUCCCUCCACAUCCUCUCUGCUGGGUCGAGGUCAACUCGGCAUAGGCAGCAGCGGCAGUAGCAGCAGCAGCACGAGGAGGAGGAGGAAGGAGUUCGCGUGCGGCGUGGACGCGCAGGCGAAUCGUGCUGCGGCGGUGGUCUUCUGCCGUUAGGCUCCUUUGUAAUUCUCUUAAUUUAGAUUUACAAUUGUGUUUUUUUUUUACAACAACCAGCAUUGCCUCACUGGAAAUUGCCACCGCUCAGCUUGUCGCGACGUUUUGAGAGAGGGAGAGAGAGACGGAGGGGAGAGAGAGCGAAGGGGCUGGUGGGGCAUUUCGCUCUUCCUCCCGUCUCGCGAGUGCAGUCGCAGCCCUCGGCAAAGGCUGCGCCCAUCCCAAGCUUAUCGAUGGAGUUAUCGUGACGCUCUCAACUCGCUCCAUCGCAAGGAUCAACUGAUUUUUUUUUUUAUAUACGGCACCGGUCAUCGGUAGGGGGGUUUAGUGGCCGAACGGACAGUCGAAUUAAGACUCGGUGCUUUUUAAUUCAUCGGUUAUAUUUUUUUGCGCGUGUUAUAUUUGAAAGAAAUACAAACCCCCCCCCCCCCCCCCAACCUCCCCCCCAACGUAUUCGGGGUUUUAAAGACGCCGCUGGACUGAAACAGCCGCUCCAUAUUUUUACUCUGCGAGAAGAGCGAGAGGGCGAUCGGUGUCUGUGUUGUAAGCUUGGCUCAAAAGACGACACGUGCGCUUGCCUUGGGAUAUCCAUACACAGACAAGCAAGAUACUGUGACUGCAGAGAAGGAGGCCGCUCUCUGCAAAGCAACUGUGUAGCAAGACGCGGAUGAAUAUAGAGGAGGCUUUGGGAGUGGACUAGGGCAGCUGUUCUACCCCCAUACGACUGCUGCAACUGCAUUCUUCCUUCAACCGUGGUGCAUUGUGCAAAGUACACACUGGCUGGCGUCUAUAUGAAUGAGCAAGGAUGUCAAGCGUCACGCUGCCCUUGUUGAAGGAGGAGGAGGCUGGCGAGACUCAGCAGUCCAAGGAUGCAGGGGACAGGCAGAAGCGGCUCCGCGUGUGUGUGAUGAGCGAGAUACUGAGCACGGAGCGCGACUACGUUGGGGCCCUGCAGUUCUUGGUGUGCGCGUUCCUACAGCGGAUGAGGCAAUGUGCGGCUGCCAAGACUGACAAGCACAUCACGGACGAGACGAUCGCGGUCCUCUUCUCGAACGUGGAGGAGCUGCUGUCCGUGCACAGAGACUUCCUCUCCGCCAUCGAGAAGUGCCUGCAGCCCGAGCCGCUGCCGCACCACCAACUUGGGGGCUGCUUCAUCCACUUCAAAGAGAAGUUCCGGAUCUACGAGGAGUACUGCAGCAACCACGAGAAGGCCCUACGUCUCUACCUGGAGCUCAACAAGAUUCCGUCCGUGCGAGCAUUUUUCGUGGGGUGCAUGCUGCUGGGAGGCCGACGGGACAAUGACAUCCCCCUGCAGGGAUACCUCCUCUCGCCCAUACAGAGGAUCUGCAAGUACCCGCUACUGCUCAAGGAGCUGCUGAAGCGCACGGCGCCGACGCACAGCGACCACGGCGCGGUGGGCGAGGCGCUGUGCAGCAUGAAGGCCGUGUGCUCGGCCAUCAACGAGACCAAGCGUCGCAUGGAGCGGCUUGAGGCCCUGCAGGAGUGGCAGUCGAGCAUCGAGGGCUGGGAGGGUUCCAGCAUCACCGACACCUGCACGGAAAUGCUGAAGCAGGGCUCCCUGCUCAAGAUCUCGGCCGGCAACAUUCAGGAGCGCGUCUUCUUUCUCUUCGACAACCUCCUCGUCUACUGCAAGCGCAAGUCCCGCGUGGUGUCGGCGAAGGGCCGUCGCAAGAGCAGCACUCCGGCUCGCCGCCCGUCCCUCAUCAGCAACUCGGGCGCGGACGCGUUGUACGUCUUCCGAGGGCGCAUCAACACCGAGGUCAUGGAGGUGGAGAAUAUGGAGGACGGCACAGCCGACUUUCACAGCAGUGGGCACACGGUGAGCAACGGCUGGAAGAUCCACAACACGGCCAAGAACAAAUGGUUCGUGUGCAUGGCCAAGAGUCCCGAGGAGAAGCAGGAGUGGCUGGACGCGAUACUCCUGGAGCGCGAGUGUCGCAAGAGUGAGUGUCGUCGCCACCACGGCAUGAGGCUGGGCAUGGAGAGGGACACGUGGAUGCUGGUGUCGGAGAAGGGAGAGAAGCUCUACCACAUGAUGAGCAUGCAGGCCGGCCUGGUGCGAGACCGCAAGAAGAAAUUCGCCACAGUCCCCAAGUGCUUCCUCGGCAGUGAGUUUGUAUCGUGGCUCAAGGACGUGGGAGAGAUCAGCAAGCGGGAGGAAGGCAUCAACCUGGGCCAGGCCCUGCUGGAGAAUGGCAUCAUACACCACGUCUCAGACAAGCACCAGUUCAAGGAUGAGCCGUUAUUUUAUCGUUUUCGCUACGAUGACGGAACCUUCAAACCUCGGAACGAGAUGCAAGACAUGAUCUCCAAGGGGGUGCGUCUCUACUGCCGCCUGCACUGCCUCUUCUCUCCCAUCGUAAAGGAUAAAGAUUACCAUCUGAAAACGUACAAGUCUGUGAUUAUGGCUUACAAGCUUAUAGACUGGUUGGUGUCUCAGGGCGACUGCCGCACGCGCGAGGAGGCCGUCCUGCUCGGCGUCGGCCUCUGUAACAACGGCUUCAUGCACCACGUGCUUGAGAAGAGCGAGUUCAAGGACGACUCGCUGCUCUUCCGCUUCUACGCGGACGAGGAUGCCGAGGGGUUGAGCGGUGGCAUGUCGCGGAAGCUCUCGCGCUCCGUGAGCCUCCGCGUCGACUUCAAGGUGGUGGAGAACAUCAUUGGCAAGACGCUGCUGAUCAAGCCCAGCAAAGGCGGCUUCGGAUUUGAGAUUGAAGACAAAAACAACCAGGCCAUUGUCAAGUCUGUGGAAAGGGGCUCCUACGCCGAGAUGGCUGGGAUGCGCGUGGGCAAGAAGGUGUACGCGGUGAACGGCGACCCCGUGUUCCUGCGCUCCUUCGCCGAGGUGGAGGCGCUGCUGCGGGAGAGCCAUCACGGGCGCCUGCACCUGCGCGUACUGCUCGCCACCAAGCCCCGCGAGACCAUUAAAGUGUCCAGCUGUGCGGAGGGACUGGGUUUCCAAAUCCGGGGAUGCGGACCAUCUGUAGUGCACGCUGUGGGCAGAGGAACGGCAGCAGCUGGCGCAGGGCUGCAGCCGGGCCAGUGCAUCGUCAAGGUGAACGGCUCGAACGUGAGCAAGGCGAGCCACGCCUCUGUCAUCGCGCACGUCACCGCCUUCCGCAGCCAGCGCCAGGCGCCGCAGGAGGACGUGCGCUGGGUGUACAGCUCCCCAGCGGGCCUUUCGGACGGCGAGACGGAACGGCGGCCCGGAGGAGGAGGAGGAGGAGGAGGAGGCGGCGUGCUGAUGACGCCGUGCCGGAGCGACGGCGAGCCCUGCGCCUCGCCGUGCGGCUCCAGCCCCGCCAGGUCUUCGCCCUGCGCCAGGCGCCAGCUGCCGCUCGUGCCCUCGCUCGCCUGCUCGUUCAACUCGGGCUCCUGCUGCCCGCUGGACGACACGUCGUUCGGGACCGACCUCAUCUCGGAGCUGGCCGAGAGCAAGCUGGAGGAAGCAGACGCGUUCGAAUCGUCCUUGGACGGCGACUUCUUCCGCGGCCUGACCUGGGAUCUCGGCGGCGAGGCUCCGGCGCGGCAGCCGCCACGGCUGCCGCCGCCGACCCCGCCGCCGAAGGCGGCCGCGGCUCGCGACGACGCGGGGGAGGGGGAGCGGCGAGGUGGCCCGGCUGCUUCGACGUCGCCGCCGCCGGUCGGCGAAGGCGAGGGCGUGAGCCUGACGGUGGACAACACGCAGCUGGAGUACGGCGUGGCGUACGAGUUCGAGCGCACCGCCGGCAUGCGCUGCCACGUGCUCGAGAAGAUGUCCGAGCCGCGCGGGAUGUUCCUCCUGGCGGCGCAGGUGCUUGAGAUGCUGAGCGCGGAGGAUGAGCGCCUCGCGGGGGAGACGUCCGUCGCGCCCGCACCGCCCGGCCGUCCCCGCGACUCCGCCACCACGAACGCCGCCCCCUCCUCCUCCUCCUCCUCCACGCCGUCCGGCGAGACGAGCGUGAACCGGGCCGGCUCGGAUGGCCGCGAUGGCGAGAGCAGCGAGGCCGUGUGCGACGGGACGGCCGUGGCAGCGGCCGGCGAGGGCGCCGCGCGUCUGCGCGACAGCACCACGCAGCAGCUGAACAAGCGCAUCGUGGCCUACAAGAAGUUCGCCCGCACGCUGCGCAACAAAGCCUGGCCCACGUUCAAGCAGGCCAAGCCGCGGACGCCCAGCCUCCACGGGAGCGACUUCUGCCCCACCAACUGCCACCUGAACGUGCUGGAGGUGUCGUACCCGCGCGACUCCACCGUGCUCGGCUCCUCGCUCGGGGUGCGAACGGAACGGCCAAAGAGCCGCAUCGACCCCGACGCCCUCGCGGCCGCCUCUGCCCACCUGAGCGGGGAGGGCGGGGAGCAAGCGGUCGGGAAGCUCAGCCCCAUGGUGUACGUGCAGCACUGCGUGGGUACCAUGGGCGCUCCCUGGGGCCACUCUCCCUCUGGAGCCGGGCCCAGCGCCGGGGACGGCCCGGGGCCUGGCGGCGCCGCCACCACCACCACCACCACCAGCAGCGGCAGCAGCAGCAGCAGCAGCAGGACCCCCCACGGGGCGAGGGAUGUGGGCGCUCCCACGAGGGACGCCUGGACGCAACUGCUGGCCAAGAUCGAGGGGGUGAUGCGCGAGAUUCACAGGGGCUCGGCGCAAGUGCAGAGCUUCCUUGCCGUGCUCAUGGAGAGCGGCGAGUCCGCCGACGCGGUGGAGAGGACGCGGGAGCGAGGCCUCUCCAACGGCCACGGCGAGAGGGAGCCUCGGCCCUCCGCCAACGGAGACGCGGGCGGCGACGCCGUCGCCAGGGCGACGGCCUCGGCGUCGUGCGCGGAGGUCCCGUGCAACGGGGACGCGGGGCCCGGCAAAGCGGCGGUGGCCGCCGCGGAAGGGGCGGCCACGUGCGGCGGCGGCGGUGAGAGGCGGCACCCGGGGGGGUUGGAGGUGGCCGCCGGCGGAAACGUGGACGGAGGAAAGGGCGACGCGGAGCGGCCGCGCAAGGUCAGCUUCGAGGUGCUCAAGGAGGAGCAGGAGGACUCGGGCCACGACACAGCCACGAGCAACCGCGACUCCUACAGCGACUGCCCGAGCCACCGCAACUCCGUGAUGUCUCUCACGAGUUACUGCGGCAGUCAGCGAUGCUCCUCUCUGCUAAGCGACGAUGUCGACUCGGGUGAGGAGUCGCCAGACACCUUGAGCCUGGCCAUGGACCGACACGAGAGGCUGCAGGGAUGCCUGGAGCACCUCUUUGCGCAGGUGGAGACACUCACAAAGGUGAUGGGCGGAGCUGUGGCGUGCAGCGCGUUUGAGAAGACAAAGCAUCUGACUCCUGAGCUCACUUUUCAGGCUUUCCAGCAGGAGGUGGAGCUUAGCGUGAGCGUCGCCGACAUGAUCCAGCUGCAGGUGCAGCACGACCUUGCAACGCUGAGCCGAAACCUCCACACCAUCAUUCACAGCGUCACCCGGCACGCGAGCGAGCUGAAGAGACAAGUAACCCUCGCCCUAUUGGACAGCACAGACAUCGGGCAGCAGACGCGCAGGGACACGGCCUUCUCGCAGGCCCUGGUGGGCGCCGUCUGCGUCUUUUCGGAGCAGCUGCUGUCGGCGCUGACGCGCACCUACAACCCGGGCCGCGACUACGAGAGCCGCGGCACGGAGGCGAGUCGCCGCUGGCUCCAGCAGACCGCCGGCCUCGGGGCGCUCGUCAGCUUCCGCUCGCUGCUCUCGCCCCACCUGCCGGACGAGCGCAGCAUGCUGGAAGACACGGUCACCGCCCUGCAGGACGUGGAGAGGGUGUCCUUUGUCUUCCGACACGUGGAGAAGGAGCUUCCAGUUGCCAACAUGCCCAUCACCUACCAGGUGGAGGGGACGCGGCAGAGCGUGCGUGUGGCGUUCUGCCUGGAGGGCAGCUACUUCUCCAUGCUGCCGCCGAGGCUGCAGAUGGGAGCCGCGGUGCGACUGCACCCUGUGCUCUUUACCCAAGCACUGGAGCGAAUGGACAAGCUGUCUCCAAACGAAGGGCCCUCCUCGGAGGACUUGCAAGGUCACGUAAACGCAGCCUCGCUUGAGAAGGUGCAGCGCUACUACAGAAGCCUCAGGACCUUCUAUUUGGAUAUGUCAAAACUCCCGUCGGAUUCAUCUGCCAAGGUUGCUGCAGUUGACAAGUUGUUGAGGCCGUUCAGCGCCCUGGAUGAGUUGAUUCGCUUGAUGGAGGGGCUGCUCGCCCCCUGGAGGAGCUCCACCGUGGAGGCCAGCAUCUCCCCCUCGUGCAGCUCCGGCGUGGGGCUGCUCCCUAUCGCAGCGGAGGUCUGCGACCGCCUGGGCGCGUGCCACGUGCUCAUCUGCAACAGUGGCGUGCACAGGUGCACCCUGCAGGUGACGCUGGAGCAGGUGGCGUGGCUCACACGGUGUCACGGGCUGCCUCCGCGCACCAUGAUGCAGGCGACUGACGUCAUGAGAAAGCAGGGUGCAAGAGUCCAGAACACCGGGAAAAACCUGGGAGUGCGCGACCGAACGCCGCAGUCUGUGCCACGGUUGUACAAGCUGUGCCUUCCUGGAUCUGACACGGACUGAAAUAGCAGGUCAACAAAAAGCCUUAACAAAAAAGCUCGCAGUGCAGCAUCGUAGCAUUACAAUUGUGCGUUUUUUUUACAAAAUACAGUAAUUGCAACUUACCGUUAAGAUGUAUUGUUGAAACAUGUUAUUGUUCAUAAAGCAGGUACGUACAAAUAAACUGUUAACGUGUUUUAAAAUCUAAUUACUGUGCUGUAGAGGUUAGCAUUGCACAGAUGGUAUUUAGUGGAAAGAUUAACUUUUACAUUCUCUGUGUGCUCCGGUUGUUUCAUAAUGUAAAAUGUUACUGCUAUUUAUUAAUUCCAAACCAGUAUUUUUUUUGCAUAAUCGUAUUGUGUUCAAUGUUGUUUAUAUUUCUCCCCGAAGGAACAAAUGUUUACUGCACAUGCAAUGAUUAAACGAUCAUACUUUAAUAGGUUUUUAUUAACAUGUCAGGGUUUUUGUCAUUUUCUGUAUAUUGUACAAUUUUACAAAUGUGUAAAGAAAAACAAUGCCUUAUUCACCAAA